AUGCUAUUUUUGACUCGUGCACGGUCGGAGACAUGGCCAUCGCUCCCCCAUGAUUCUUCGCACUUCCUGUGCACCCACGAGUACCUCUGGCGACGCCCUGUGUCCAGAUCGGAAUUGUCACCGCUUGCUCAAAAGACCAGCGAGCACGGGCCGCAAUGCUCACUGAGAUCGCCAGCAUCAGACCCAACGCUUUCUUCGGCAGGCCAGCGCCUACAUACUACUGUACGCUUCGCUGGCUGGCUGGCUCCGCUGGCCGCACACGUUGCAAGCCCUCACUUGAUUCAGGCCGCCGAGUGGAUGGCGGCUGCGUGGGCUGGCAGGAAAAUUGAGAGCCGCCGCGUCGAGCAGCACAGCGCCCUGUGCCAUUGGUUCACGGCCCUAGUAUCGGUCCGCUCUUUUUUUGUGGGAGUGGCGCUAUCUGCCAGUCAUCUCUGCCUUGGCUUACCCAGCUACCCAUGUCACACCGACAAGGCUCUCGCUCCUCUGGCGAUAGAGCCAAAAACGAAUCCCUGGUCCGAAGGGAUGCCUCUCGCUCCUCCUAUGCGGGCGCAGCAGGCACGGGGCAGAGAGGCGAGGCGAUGCUCUCGUCAGGCGCACUGCCAGAAAGCAAAGUCAUUGUUCACGCGAUCUGCCAGCGAAACAAGACCGUCGAAACAUCAGCAGCAGAGAUGGCCAUCAUGCACAAUGGCGGGAAGCAGAGCGGAUCCCGUUGGAGAAGAUACGGGAGCUAGCAACACCUGCAUCCGCAAUGCAUUCGACGCUGGGGCCAACGUGGAUAACAGCACCACACGACGACAAAUCGUUCUCGCGCUCUUCCAGGCUCGCUCACGCUCACGCCUCAACAGGUCUGAGGUGGAGCUGGCUGGUCGCUACCGGAGCGGAGUUUGCCAGGUCGUCGAAUCCGAGACGAAAAGCAAUAUUCACACCCCGGGCUGCCGCGAAAGCGAAAUGGCCCCGGCGAACCACACUGCCAAAAACGCCUUUCGAAUGGCAGCCGGCCACGUCGAGCAGUUCGCACACGCAUUCCAGGAUAAGUAUGGCAGGGAGCUGGCAAGGGGAAACGGCUGUGCACCACGUCAACGCAUUAUUUGCGAUGUGGUCAUCGUGGCCGUGGGCCGUGCCGGCAUGCUGAAAAAGCAUCCACAUCGCACCAGGACCAGCCAAUGUCGAUCGCGGCGGGGUCACUUCUCACCGCCAGCGAUCCAAUAUCCACGAGUGUCACGGGGGGCGGGCAUGGAUGGGCAUGGCGAUGGGGACGCUCACCUGUCCAACACACUUGUCUCGCAGAGGGCAGCAGGCGAGGAGCUGGUGUCGCCUUGCCACGAAAAUCUGAGACAACUCGGCAUGCCAUUGCUAUUGUUCCUGCCGACUACUGACCUGACCAGGUCAUCUCGUCCUGCCUUCUCCAGCAUCGCUGCUGCUCCCCAGAUCUUCGCUGCGCAGGUGCUUCCGCAGCGCCGCGCAAUCUCGUACUUCACGGCAGCGGGCGGCCUACUCUUGCACCAUGCAGGGCAGAGCAGCCAGCAGGCAGUCGGACAUGGCAUCACGUCCUGCACAGCGCCUCGAUCCGGCGCACUACAAUGCCAGGGACCCUCCAAAGCCUUACUUCCCGAUGGUAUGCAAGGAGCGCUUCCUGCCUGUGUGACGCCGACUGCCUGUGUGACGCCUCCGGCCUCGUGUCACGCGAUCGGGUAUCGCAACGGCGCAACUGACUCGCCUCUCGGGACAAUCCACUUCAACCUCUGGAGAGCCGCAAUGCAGGAUUCGAACAAUGCCACCCUCUUGGGCAUGGUCUAUGUCGUUGGCGACACCAAACCUCGCGGUGUGCUGACUCGGAGUUUCAUCGACCUGCAUUUCGGCCUCAAUACAGGCGAAAAGCAUCUCCCGAGUUUCUUCAGCUUCAUGGUCCCUGAAUCUCUGACUCUUGCAUACACCCGCUACUUUGGGCAUCAAUACACUGGUCAAGGGCUUCAUGAGGCUUAUGGAGGCCCCGGCUACUGCACAACCGACGCGCUCAACUUGUCUCCAGCUAAACUUGCUCUCACUGUACUGAACAUUUCUGUCGAACCGCUGCAGCAGCGACAACGACACCGCAUGACGGCAUGGCUUGCCUGCUGUCCGACACAUGGCUCUUGUUCAACGGUACGUGGAUUAAAACGAUUUCUUCUCGGAAUCCUCGACGUGAUAGGCACAUUCCUAUUUGCCGACAUUGCAAUCACCAUUUCUCGCUACUUUCAAACUGUCAGGCCGGAACUACCGGUCUCUGACUCGGUGCACGUCAUCGACGUGGAGCAUAGAAGACUCAGCACCGAUCUGCGAGGACCGGCCGAGGCUGUAAGGCUACUUCCAGUACACGGGCUACAUGAGCGACAUAUCGCUGCAGGUACGCGAUGCAAACCAGUCAGACGCCCUCUUUGGCACGAAUCGUACGCUGAGGCUGUUCCUGAACGUGGCCGCCUCACAGCUCCUACCAGCCGCGUUUGUGGGAAUGAUCAGCUCUGCGAACCCCUUCAACCAGGCUGUAGCAUUGACCGCACCGCUUUGAGCUCCUUGUCUCGAGUGCCACCUCAAGCAUUGAGCAUUGAGCACGCUUCCAUACCUCGGAGUCACUUCCGAAUACGCCCAACGAAACACAAGCUUCGGGACCUGAAAUGGAAGGCCGCCCCAAAGAAAUACGAUGCAGAGCUGCAAUUUGAGACUUCACAAGUCACGGAAUUGACUCUGCCAUAUUCUAGAUCGAUCGGAUGUCCUCGGCUCGUUCAACGCGUGAUAUCUCUUAAACCCUUACCUCUUAGAGUCCACGCAUUUCCGAGAGCCGCGAAGCGUACAUAUGCAUGCACUCCUGGGAUCGAGGUGUCAUGUUGCUGGUUGUCAAAAUCUGCAGCUGGCGGCGCAAGCCGUAAGGCAGACAUGCGCAAGUUCAGCAUUGAUGCAGGAACCCGCGCUGUCACCAAUGCACGGUCAAGGUCGGAUUUUGAAACUACAAUGCAAGAUGAAAUUUCUUCACCGCUUGACUGGUCUGACAUGGCUACAAAACUCCUGCAUUGUGCAUUGCCGUUCAGGCUACAGAAGGACGAUAUGGUUGAUAUGCACACCAAAUGCGAACCAAUGCAGGCCGAUGACAUCGACUUCAUCACGUCUCCUGGAUACACCGACAUUUGUCGAAUGAUGAAAUUCGCGUUUCUGGAUCCAGACCCGAUUAAUCAACUACUGGAGAUCGCUGGAUUUCUUCCGUCCAAUACGGACACCAAUCCAUCUAUAGUCGACGAUGGUCUGGUUUUAGAGAUUGCCACAUGCAGACCUGGCAUUGACGAGAACACUGAUAUCGACAUGGCGUCCUAUCAAGACCUCAUGUCUACACGUGUAGAGACUCCAGAGACGCGCUCAAAUGCUGGUCAGACCAGAUUGAUACACUACGCUGUCAGCUUAAGGGCUUGGAGUACCACAGUUUUGCGAGAGCUGGAGCUGAUAUUUUGUCUUUGGCUUUCGAUGAUGAUCGCUCAUGUUGCAGGUUUUGGCGCAACGGAGCUCACGGCAAUAACGCCUGCCCUACAGAUUGGAUGUCUCAUCAUUCUCAGCCACCAAUCCUCCAACCAGAGUUUGACAACCAUGGGUCUACAUCCGUCAACUUCGCCUCCUACACCCUGUAACGUCCCUUCAUCUCCAUCAGGCCACGUCGCCAUGGUUCGGAGAAUGGCUGAGGCGUUGACACUCUGCAGGCUUCCGAUUGUUGCAACGUGCUCGAAUCACAAUGGAAGAUACCAAUGUCAUGAUGGUCGACCAAUAUUGGUUGAAAGCCUUGCCAUCACACCGGUGCCGGCUUCCUGCAAGGCAGCAAAUGAUUUCAUUCUUCUCGCUCAUGCAGUCCUACCCGAUAAAAGCCUGUCCAUAGCAGAAGCAUGGUCUACGGACCAUGUCGCUCGUCAAUCGAGGCUGAUACCUAUGUAUAGGAAGCAAGAAAUUUCGCAAGCCCUCCGUUUUCUUGAUUCGUUCAACAGGCAUCACCACAAUCUUCCGGAGAAGUUCGCCAUUCAUUCAUCACUACUCCAAACCCUGAGCUUCGACAAGGCUGGCCCCAGAUGCUCCUCCACUUCACCCUUCUCGCUCCUACCCCAGCUUUUGCAUCAUGCAAGCAAUACUACAUACAUACUGCACGCACACUGCAGAGCUGUAGAGACCUACGCAAGCGCCGUGCUGAGACGGGACAAAUUUGCGCAACUGGACAGGCCUUAUCGGCCCUUUCCAGGUUACGGUGGCGGUGCACUCAUACACGAUAUCCUAGAGUUCUCGCCUGAUCGGGACUCAAUUGAGGAUAACUUUCUCCGAAGAACAAGCAAGCAAAAUCUCUCAUGCUACUACAGUACUAAGCUCAGGGAGCGAGCGAUAUGCCCGGCUUCGCCGUCUGACCUCGAGACUAAACCGAGCCCCAGCUACCCGCCCGAGCCCCAGCAUAACCCGGUGCUAGCACCAUUGUAG